AUGGGAUUCUUGGAGAAUUUUGUUAAUCUAAUCUAUUCCGACAUUUCUUCAGUGUCGUUCCAAAUCCUUUUCAACGGGAGUCCUAGUCACUCUUUUAAUCCAGAAAGAGGACUCUGUCAAGGAGAUCCUUUAUCACCUUACCUGUUUAUUUUAUGUGCAGAUGUCUUUUCUGGUCUGAUUAAGGAGGCUGCUGGUAACCAAACCAUACACGAUAUUCGUGUAGCUAGAAGAGCGCCAUGUAUAUCUCAUUUAUUCUUUACGGAUGACAACAUUCUGUUCUCUAGAGCUAGCCCUAAGGAAUGUGAGAAAGUUCUUGAGAUCCUUGCCAAACACCAGAGAGUUUCGGGCCAGAUGAUCGCGACUUUGUGA